AAUACGUUAAUAAUAAGUAUUAUAAGGAUUAGCUUUGGCCUAAGUAAGGAAAUCGUCGCUCUAAGUAUAGUAAAAAUAGAGACGUACUUUAGAACGAUAACUUUUUAUAUUUUACCUAUUAAUAUCCCAUUUCUCUUAUAUUUAAAAAAUAUAGAUCGACUAGGUAUUAUAUUCGAUAAUAUAAAAAGAAUAAAAAAAAGGAGUAAAAAGAAACGACUUAAUAAACGGACCCGAGGUCGAAUUAUACCUCUAAUUAUAGUAAGUAAAUUAAUAAAAAAAAGAAAAAGUUAG